GCCCGCGCCCCGCCAUGGAGGACCUGGAUGCCCUGCUCUCUGACCUGGAGACCACCACACACAUGCCAAGGUCAGGGGCUCUAAAAGACCAUCCCCCAGAGCCAGCCACACCUCCCCCACCCUAUGGUCACCAGCCACAGACAGGGUCUGGAGAGUCUUCAGGAGCCUCUGGGGACAAAGACCAUCUGUACAGUACGGUAUGCAAGCCUCGGUCCCCAAAGCCUGCAGCCCCUGGCGCUCCUCCAUUCUCCUCUUCAAGUGGUGUCUUGGGCACUGGGCUCUGUGAGCUAGACCGGUUGCUUCAGGAACUUAAUGCCACCCAGUUCAACAUCACAGAUGAAAUAAUGUCUCAGUUCCCAUCUAGCAAGGUGGCUUCAGGAGAACAGAAGGAGGAUCAAUCUGAAGACAAGAAAAGACCCAGCCCCCCUCCCAGCCCUUCCCCUAUCCUCCCAAAGCCUUCGGCCACCUCGGCCACUCUGGAGCUGGAUAGACUGAUGGCAUCACUCUCUGACUUUCGCGUCCAGAACCAUCUUCCAGCUACUGGGCCAACCCAGCCACCGGUGGCGAGCUCCAUGAGUGAGAGCUCCCCAUCCCCACCAGGGCCGACUAGCGAGGGUAGCCUGGACACCAUGCUGGGGCUACUGCAGUCUGACCUCAGUCGCCGUGGUGUUCCCACCCAGGCCAAGGGCCUCUGUGGCUCCUGCAAUAAACCUAUUGCUGGGCAAGUGGUGACGGCUCUGGGCCGCGCCUGGCAUCCUGAGCACUUCGUUUGCGGUGGCUGUUCCACGGCCCUCGGAGGCAGCAGCUUCUUUGAGAAGGAUGGGGCCCCCUUCUGCCCCGAGUGCUACUUUGAGCGCUUCUCGCCACGAUGUGGCUUCUGCAACCAACCCAUCCGACACAAGAUGGUUACCGCCUUGGGCACCCACUGGCACCCAGAGCAUUUCUGCUGCGUCAGUUGCAGGGAGCCCUUCGGAGAUGAGGGUUUCCACGAGCGGGAGGGUCGCCCCUACUGCCGCCGGGACUUCCUGCAGCUGUUUGCCCCGCGCUGCCAGGGCUGCCAGGGCCCCAUUCUGGAUAACUACAUCUCGGCGCUUAGCGCGCUCUGGCACCCGGACUGUUUCGUCUGCAGGGAAUGCUUCGCGCCCUUCUCGGGAGGCAGCUUUUUCGAGCACGAGGGCCGCCCGCUGUGCGAGAAUCAUUUCCACGCGCGGCGCGGCUCUCUGUGCGCCACGUGUGGCCUCCCAGUGACCGGCCGCUGCGUGUCGGCCCUGGGCCGCCGCUUCCACCCGGACCACUUCACCUGCACCUUCUGCCUGCGCCCGCUCACCAAGGGCUCUUUCCAGGAGCGCGCGGGCAAACCCUACUGCCAGCCCUGCUUCCUUAAGCUCUUUGGCUGACCGCGCGUCGGCUCGGCCCUCCAGCAGGCCGCGUCCCCAAAGACCCCGGCCUUCCGGAAAAGACCGAGUCCUCCAGACCCCAAGGCCUUGCUCUUUGAACUUGGGGCUGUCCCCAACACCCCGCUCUGAGGCCCCGCCCACUGGAGAGACCCAACUCUAAGGUACUUAUCUAAGUUCUCGAAGGUCAAGUUCAGAAGAGGCCCAGCCGGUCUGAAACCCACACGCCCCAAGAGUGGAUCGUACCCUGAGGAGAGAUCCCGCGUGAGUCCCUCACUCUCUUCCCACCCUGAGGGAGUCCCGUGACUGGAGGAGGGUCCUUGCAAUUCCGACUAAUUGGAGCCCAGUCCUGGACGUCCCUGCUCCUCACUCCCUCACUGUU